GGCCCGGCGCGGCGCGGCCAUGGAGAGCGAGGAGGAGCAGCACAUGACCACGCUGCUCUGCAUGGGCUUCUCGGACGCGGCCGCCAUCCGCAAGGCCCUUCGCCUGGCCAAGAACGACAUUAACGAGGCCGUGGCGCUGCUCACGAACGAGCGGCCCGGUCUCCACUACGGCGGCUACGAGCCCAUGGAGAGCGGACAGGGCCCCCCUGGCGGGCACGGUUCCCCCGCCGGCGGGCAGGGCCCCCGCGGCAGCGACGGGGACGGCAGCGGCGGCGGCGGCGGAGGAGGAGGAGGUGGCUUCGACCCGCCGCCCGCCUACCACGAAGUAGUGGAGACCGAGAAAAACGAUGAAAAUGGGAACUGCUCUGGUGAAGGCAUUGAGUUUCCAACGACUAACUUGUAUGAACUGGAGAGCAGGGUUUUAACUGAUCACUGGUCCAUACCCUAUAAGCGAGAAGAGUCUCUGGGCAAGUGCCUAAUCGCCUCCACCUACCUAGCGAGGCUGGGUCUUUCUGAUUCUGAUGAGAAUUGCAAGAGGUUUAUGGACAGAUGCAUGCCUGAAGCAUUUAAGAAGCUCUUGACAUCCAGUGCUGUUCACAAGUGGGGAACUGAAAUCCACGAAGGAAUAUACAACAUGCUUAUGCUGCUAGUGGACCUGGUUGCAGAGAGAGUGAAACAAGAUCCCAUCCCCGUGGGCCUGCUCAGCGUGCUUACGAUGGCAUUCAACCCUGACAAUGAAUAUCACUUCAAGAAUCGAAUGAAGGUGUGCCAGAGAAACUGGGCAGAAGUCUUUGGGGAGGGGAACAUGCAUGCUGUCUCACCCAUAUCCACUUUCCAGAAGGAACCCCACGGGUGGCUGGUGGAUCUGGUAAACAGGUUUGCAGAGCUGGGUGGAUUUUCAGCAAUUCAAUCCAAACUCAAUUCAGAAGAUAUUGAACUUGGGGCAAUCUCUGCGUUGGUUCAGCCAUUUGGAGUUUGUGCAGAAUACCUCAACUCCUCCGUAGUGCAGCCCAUGCUGGAUCCAGUCAUUCAUAAAAUGAUUAAAUACGUGCAGAACGUGGAGGAGAAGGACUUGAAAGACAAGAGACUGGUUAGCAUCCCCGAGCUGCUGUCGGGCAUCAAGCUGCUGUGCAUGCGCUUCCAGCCUGACCUGGUGACGGCGGUGGACGACCUGCGGCUGGACAUCCUCCUGCGCAUGUUGAAGUCUCCUCACUUCAGUGCCAAAAUGAAUUCCCUCAAAGAAGUGACAAAACUGAUCGAGGACAGCACCGUGUCCAAGUCGGUGAAGAACGCGAUCGACACAGAGCGGCUGCUGAACUGGCUGGUAGAAAACUCUGUCCUGUCCAUUGCUUUAGAAGGUAAUAUAGACCAAGCUCAAUACUGCGAUCGUAUCAAGGGAAUCAUUGAGCUGCUGGGCAGUAAAUUGUCUUUAGAUGAACUCACCAAAAUCUGGAGAAUCCAGUCAGGACAAUCCUCCACUGUGAUUGAAAAUAUCCAUACCAUUAUUGCUGCAGCUGCUGUGAAGUUUAGCUCUGAUCAGCUCAAUCAUUUGUUUGUUCUAAUUCAAAAGAGCUGGGAGACAGAGAGUGACAGAGUCAGACAGAAGCUGUUGAGCCUGAUAGGGCGCAUCGGCCGAGAAGCACGCGUGGAGACAACCACUGGCAAGGUUCUGGAGGUUCUUUGGGAGCUGGCUCAUCUUCCCACAUUACCGUGUAGUCUGAUUCAGCAGGCCUUGGAGGAGCAUCUGACGAUCCUCAGUGAUGCCUAUGCAGUCAAAGAGGCAAUCAAAAGAAGCUACAUCAUCAAGUGCAUAGAGGAUAUUAAGAGGUCGUCCCAGCACAGCAAUCCGCAGUUUGUGUGGGUGGUGCCAGCCCUGCGUCAGCUCCACGAGAUCACACGGUCAUUUAUUAAGCAAACUUACCAAAAGCAAGACAAGAGCAUCAUCCAAGACCUGAAGAAAAACUUUGAGAUAGUGAAGUUGGUGACAGGAAGCUUGAUCUCAUGCCACCGUUUGGCUGCAGCUGUGGCAGGCCCAGGAGGACUUGUUGGAGCAACCCUCGUGGAUGGCCGAUACACAUACCGGGAGUAUUUGGAGGCGCAUCUAAAAUUUUUGGCAUUUUUUCUGCAAGAAGCAACCCUUUAUUUGGGCUGGAAUCGUGCCCGGGAGAUCUGGGAGUGCCUCGUCACUGGCCAGGAUGUCUGUGAGUUAGACCGAGAGAUGUGCUUUGAGUGGUUUACCAAAGGACAGCAUGACCUAGAGAGUGACGUGCAGCAGCAGCUCUUCAAAGAGAAGAUUCUCAAACUGGAGUCCUACGAAAUUACUAUGAAUGGUUUUAGCUUAUUUAAGACUUUCUUUGAGAACGUGAACCUGUGUGACCACCGACUGAAGAGGCAGGGAACUCAGCUGAGUGUAGAAAAACUGGAACUAAUAGGAAUGGAUUUCAUUUGGAAGAUUGCAAUGGAGUCGCCUGAUGAAGAAAUUGCCAAUGAAGCUAUUCAGUUGAUAAUAAAUUACAGCUACAUUAACCUGACUCCUAGAUUGAAGAAGGAUUCAGUAUCACUGCACAAGAAAUUCAUUGCUGAUUGCUACACACGGUUAGAGGCUGCCAGCUCUGCACUGGGCGGUCCAACGUUGACACAUGCUGUUACAAGAGCUACCAAAAUGCUGACAGCCACUGCUAUGCCUACAGUAGCAACAUCAGUCCAGUCUCCUUACAGGUCAACCAAACUGGUAAUAAUCGAGAGGCUGCUGCUGCUGGCGGAGCGUUACGUGAUAACCAUAGAGGACCUCUACUCCGUUCCACGAACUAUUCUACCUCAUGGUGCCUCUUUCCAUGGACAUCUUUUAACACUUAAUGUUACAUAUGAGUCUACCAAAGAUACCUUCACCGUAGAGGCUCACAGCAAUGAAACUGUAGGGAGCGUCAGGUGGAAGAUAGCCAAGAUGUUGAAUUCUCCCAUCGAUAACAUCCAGAUAUUUGCCAAUGACAGCCUGCUAACUGUAAACAAGGAUCAGAAACUGCUCCAUCAACUGGGCUUCUCUGAUGAGCACAUCCUGACAGUGAAAACAUCUGGGAGCGGGACUCCAUCGGGGAGCUCGGCUGAUUCUUCGACCAGUUCCAGCAACAGCAGCAGUGUGUUCAGUUCAUCCUAUGCAAUGGAACAGGAGAAGUCCCUGCCUGGUGUGGUCAUGGCUCUCGUGUGCAAUGUCUUUGACAUGCUUUACCAGCUUGCCAACCUGGAGGAGCCAAGGAUAACACUGAGGGUGAGGAAACUUCUGCUCCUGAUUCCCACUGACCCAGCGAUUCAGGAGGCCCUGGAUCAGCUUGAUUCCCUGGGAAGGAAGAAAACGCUGCUCUCAGAGUCGAGUUCUCAGUCUUCAAAAUCACCAUCCUUGUCUUCAAAACACCAACAUCAGCCCAGUGCUAGUUCAAUACUAGAAAGUCUCUUCAGAUCUUUUGCUCCAGGCAUGUCCACCUUCAGAGUGCUCUACAAUUUAGAGGUACUGAGCUCCAAGCUGAUGCCAACUGCAGAUGAUGAGAUGGCAAGAAACUGUGCCAAGUCCUUCUGUGAAAACUUCCUCAGAGCAGGAGGUUUGAGUUUGGUGGUGAAUGUAAUGCAGAGAGACUCCAUCCCAUCAGAGGUAGACUAUGAAACAAGACAAGGAGUGUAUUCCAUCUGCCUGCAGCUUGCAAGGUUCCUGCUCGUUGGCCAGACAAUGCCUACCUUGCUGGAGGAGGAUUUCGUUAAGGACGGGGUGGAGGCGUUGUCCUCCCGGCCCUUCCGCAACGUCAGCCGGCAGGGGAGCAGGCAGAUGUCCAUCUGCGGGACGCCUGAGAAGUCCUCCUACCGGCAGCUCUCUGUGUCUGACAGAUCCUCCAUCCGGGUGGAAGAGAUCAUACCAGCAGCAAGGGUUGCCAUACAGACUAUGGAGGUGAAUGAUUUCACUUCCACAGUGGCUUGCUUCAUGCGCCUCUCUUGGGCUGCUGCUGCAGGACGUCUGGACCUUGUGGGAAGCAGUCAGCCAAUAAAAGAGAGCAACACUUUAUUUCCUGCUGGGAUUCGAAACAGGCUCAGCAGCUCAGGAAGCAACUGCAGCUCGGGAAGCGAGGGAGAGGCGACUGCCCUGCACGCUGGCAUCUGUGUGAGACAGCAGUCUGUGUCCAGCAAAGACGCUCUGAUUGCUGGAGAAGCCUUGUCCCUCUUAGUUACCUGCCUUCAGCUGCGCAGUCAGCAGCUAGCGUCCUUCUACAAUUUGCCUUGUGUUGCUGAUUUCAUCAUUGACAUACUGCUUGGAUCACCCAGUGCUGAGAUCCGCCGCGUGGCCUGUGACCAGCUCUACACCCUGAGCCAGACAGACACAUCAGCUCACCCAGACGUGCAGAAGCCAAAUCAGUUUCUCCUGAGCGUUGUCCUUGGUGCCCAGCUGCCUCUGUGGUCACCAACCAGCAUCAUGAGAGGCAUCAACCAGAGGCUCCUGUCCCAGUGCACGGAAUACUUUGACCUGAGAUGUCAGCUGCUGGACGACCUGACCUCAUCAGAAAUGGAGCAGCUGAAGAUAAGCCCAGCUGCCAUGUUGGAGGAUGAGAUCACCUGGCUGGACAACUUUGAGCCCAACCGCACAGCCGAGUGCGAGACCAGUGAAGCUGAUAACAUCCUGCUGGCAGGACACCUGCGGCUCAUCAAAACUCUCCUGUCGCUUUGUGGGGCAGAGAAGGAAAUGGUUGGUUCAUCUCUGAUCAAGCCAUUGUUGGAUGAUUUCCUCUUCCGAGCAUCCAGGAUUAUCCUGAACAGCCACUCCCCAGCAGGCAGUGCUGCCAUCAGUCAGCAAGACUUCCAUCCAAAGUGCAGCACAGCAGACAGCAGGUUAGCUGCUUAUGAGGUGUUGGUGAUGCUGGCUGAUAGCUCCCCUUCCAACCUCAAGCUGAUUACCAAAGAGCUGCUUUCCAUGCACCAUCAGUGUGACCCUGCACUUACCAAGGAGUUUGAUUACCUUCCACCAGUGGACAGUCGCUCCAUUUCGGGGUUUGUGGGCCUGAAGAAUGGUGGUGCCACUUGUUACAUGAAUGCUGUCUUCCAGCAGCUCUACAUGCAGCCUGGGCUCCCAGAGGCUUUGCUUUCCAUUGAUGAUGAUACAGACAAUCCAGACGACAGUGUCUUCUAUCAAGUUCAGUCUCUCUUUGGUCACUUGAUGGAAAGCAAGCUGCAGUAUUAUGUGCCUGAGAACUUCUGGAAGAUUUUCAAGAUGUGGAACAAGGAACUGUACGUUAGAGAGCAGCAAGAUGCUUAUGAGUUCUUCACCAGUCUCAUAGAUCAGAUGGAUGAGUACCUCAAGAAAAUAGGGAGAGACCAAAUAUUUAAGAACACUUUCCAAGGAAUCUUCUCUGACCAGAAGAUCUGCAAGGACUGUCCUCACAGGUACGAGCGUGAGGAAGCCUUUAUGGCUCUCAACCUAGGUGUGACCUCAUGUCAAAGCCUGGAAAUAUCCCUGGAUCAGUUUGUUAGAGGAGAAGUUCUGGAAGGAAGCAAUGCAUACUACUGUGAGAAGUGCAAGGAAAAGAGGACGACUGUGAAGCGUACCUGCAUCAAGGUCUUGCCGAGCCUGCUGGUGAUCCACCUGAUGAGAUUUGGCUUCGACUGGGAGAGUGGACGUUCCAUCAAAUACGAUGAACAAAUAAGGUUUCCCUGGAUGCUGAACAUGGAACCUUACACUGUGUCAGGGAUGGCUCGCCUGGACUCCUCCUCAGAAGUGGGGGACAAUGGUAGAAACACAGAUCCAGCAGGAGGAGGCUCCCCAAGGAAGAAGGUUGCCCCUACAGAGAACUAUGAGCUGGUUGGUGUGAUUGUUCACAGCGGGCAAGCACAUGCAGGGCACUACUACUCCUUUAUCAAGGACAGGAGGGGCUGCGGAAGAGGAAGAUGGUACAAAUUUAACGACACUGUUGUGGAAGAGUUCGACUUAACCGAUGAAACCUUGGAGUAUGAAUGCUUCGGGGGAGAGUACAGACCCAAAGUCUACGACCAAUCUAACCCGUACCCCGACGUGCGGCGGCGCUACUGGAACGCCUACAUGCUCUUCUACCAGCGCGUGGCCGAGCAGAACUCGCCCGUCCUGCCCAAGAAGAGCCGCGUCAGCGUCGUGCGCCAGGAGGCUGAGGACCUUUCCUUGUCUGCUCCGUCCUCGCCAGACAUCUCACCGCAGUCGUCUCCGCGGCCGCACAGGCCCAGCAGCGACCGCCUCUCCAUCCUGGCCAAGCUGGUGCGCAAGGGGGAGAAGAAAGGGCUCUUUGUGGAGAAGAUGCCCGUGCGCAUCUAUCAGAUGGUGAGAGAUGAAAACUUGAAGUUUAUGAAGAACAGAGACGUGUACAGCAGUGACUACUUCAGUUUCGUCCUGUCCUUAGCUUCACUAAAUGCUACUAAGGUCAAGCAUCCUUAUUAUCCAUGCAUGGCAAAGGUGAGCUUACAGCUGGCAGUCCAAUUCCUCUUCCAAACCUAUCUCCGAACCAAGAAGAAACUCAGGGCUGACACAGAAGAGUGGAUUGCCACCAUAGAUGCUCUGCUCUCCAAAAGCAUCGAUGCUUGUCAGUGGUUAGUUGACUAUUUCGUCGGGCCAGAGGGCCGGGAGCUUGUCAAGACUUUCCUCCUGGAGUGCAGCGUGAGAGAGGUGCGAGUUGCCGUGGCCACUAUCCUUGAGAAGACCCUCGACAGUGCCUUGCUUUACCAGGAGAAGUUAAAAAGUCUACACCAGUUACUGGAGGUGCUCCUUGCUCUGCUGGAUAAAGAUGUACCUGAAAACUGUAAAAACUGUGCUCAGUACUUCUUGCUGUUCAAUAACUUUGUGCAGAAGCAGGGUAUAAGGGCUAGCAGUCUUCUUCUGAGACACUCUGCUUUGAGGCACAUGAUCAACUUCCUCCUUGGCCCCAACCGGCAGAGCAAUCAGAACCGCCGGUGGAGCUCGGCACAGGCGCGGGAGUUCGGCUACCUGCACAGCGCCGUGGCACUGCUGGUGCUGCACUCGGACGUCUCCUCGCGCAGGAGUGUCGCUCCUGGUCUCUCUAAGCAGCGUCCGCCUCUAAGCAUCGCCACUUCAGGUCCGCUUUUGGCGCUCCAUGAAGAAGUGGAAGCCUUGUUGUUCCUGUCAGAGGGAAAGCCCUACUUAAUGGAGGUGAUGUAUGCGCUGCGAGAGCUCACCGGCCCCCUGUCGGCUCUCAUCGAGAUGGUGGUGUACUGCUGCUUCUGCAACGAGCACUUCUCCUUCACUGUGCUGCACUUCAUCAAGACUCAGCUGGAGACUGCUCCACCCCAUGAACUGAAGAACAUAUUCCAGUUACUUCACGAGAUACUGGUUACUGAGGAUCCGCUACAAGCAGAGCGCAUCAGAUUUGCCUUUGAAACCGAAAAUGGGUUAAUAGCCUUGAUGCAUCACAGCAACCAUGUGGACAGCAGCCGUUGCUACCAGUGUGUCAAGUUCCUUGUGACUCUGGCUCAGAAGUGUUCUACUGCAAAAGAUUAUUUCAAGGAGAAUUCUCACCACUGGAGCUGGGCUGUGCAGUGGCUGCAGAAAAAGAUGUCUGAACAUUAUUGGGCUCCACAGAGCAACGUCUCCAAUGAAACGUCAACUGCAAAGACCUUCCAGCGCACCAUUUCAGCACAGGACACGCUGGCCUAUGCCACAGCCUUGCUGAACGAGAAAGAUCAGUCUGGAAGCAGUAACGGGUCAGAAAGCAGUCCAGCCAACGAGAACGGAGAGAGGCAUCUGCAGCAGGGCUCAGAGUCUCCUAUGAUGAUUGGUGAGCCUAAAAGUGACCUUGAUGAUGUCGACCCCUAGAAGAUACCUAGGAACAGCUCAACUCAAUCGUCUCUUGCCUGGUACCUACCAAAACUGGAGUCCCAUUGCUUAUGCCGUCAGUCUGGAAGAGAAGAGGCUUUCUGGGACAGGAGGCGAUGCAGGAGGAGGUGUUUCAGCUUCCCUGAAAGCUAAGAGCAAUUCUUUCUUUCCUUUCCAGCCACCAAGGUUUCAGCUCAAUCAAUGCCCUAGCAAACUGCACCUUCAGCUGCAGCAGUGGCAGUCCAGGCACGGAAGACAGGAAGAUUUUUAUCGAGUACCCAAGCGCUAAGUGGUUGAAUUUUUAUGUGAACAUUAAAUGAGUGAAUGUAAAACUGUUGCUUUUCUGUGAUGCUGCAAACAAAUCUUUCUGGGUUUUAUACAGGAGAAAACAACAACAACAACAAAAGACAACCACCAGACUGCCCUUAUGUGUGGAGGGCAAAUUUUUAACCUUUCUGAGGAUAUUGAAUAGGACUAUUGAGAUGUCUGUAAAGAUGUGUGAUGAGCUACAUUUCAUUGUGAAAUCUGAGUUGAAGAAGGACUGCUCUGUUUAAUAUGUCUCCCUGCUCUUGGAGAAGGCUCAGGAGGAUAGCUCUGGAAGGAAAACUGUUCCUUACAGAAUGGCUUGCUCAAGGAGCUUUGGAAUGGAGCUUCCCUGCCCUUCCAUAGACCACAAGCAAUUGGGAGGGGUGAGAAAAGCAAAGCUUUGCUCUAGGCCAGGAGGAGAGGGCUAGAUCUGGAGGAGAGGGAAGCUCUGCUCUGGCUCUGGAGGAGAGGGAAGCUUUGCUUUAGGUCUGGAGGAGAGGGAAGCUUUGCUUUGUAAGUCUGGAGGAGGGGGAAGCUUUGCUUUGUAGGUCUGAAGGAGAGGGAAGCUUUGCUCUCUAGAUAUGGAGGAGAGGGAAGCUUUGCUCUAGGUCUGGAGGAAAGGGAAGCUUUGCUUUAGGUCUGGAGGAGAGGGAAGCUUUGCUCUAGGUAUGGAGGAGAGGGAAGCUUUGCUCUAGGUAUGGAGGAGAGGGAAGCUUUGCUCUAGGUCUGGAGGAAAGGGAAGCUUUGCUUUAGGUCUGGAGGAGAGGGAAGCUUUCUCUGUAGCAGCUAUGGGUUGGGCAGCUUUGCUCUGUGGGUCUGGAAGUGUUCAUUAAGAGAUGGUGGAUUGAAAAACAAGUUAAUGAGUAGGUUAAAAGAAAAAAAAGCACUUUAAGAUGGAAUUCUGUUGCAGAUUUACUCACUAAGUUUUUUCACCUCUGGAGACAUAUUGAAUCAGGUGGAGCCUGACCCAUGUGAUCUGCAAUCACUUGCUUCUGCUUUGAAAUCACUGAGAAAGUUGGUAUUGGUUGUCCGUGAGGACUCGGUUCCUGGGUUGGGCUGGGGACACUGCUGUGCAGAUUUUCUGGCAGCUUCAGCAGAGGGGGAAGAAGGAUUUGGCUUUGUUUGUGUUUUUCACUUGGCCAGACAACACUCAAAGAAAAAAACCCCACACCUCUCUUUGGUUUUCCCACAGACAACUGGAGAGCAGUUGAGAUGAUUGGAGCACAGCUUUUUUCCCUUUGCUCUCCACAUCAGUGCUCUCUGGCUCGGGGUCCUCCGAGCUCCUUUUGUGCCAGCCACCUCUUCAUCCUUCGUAUGCUUUUGCGUUCGUCACAUUUCCUGCACUGCUUUUUGCCUUUAUUUAUGGACCCCGCCUUAGGUUAAGCAACCAGAAGUACACGUGUAUGUGAACAGAGAUGGGGGGUCUCUAGGGGUGCCUGGGUGACCUCCAGAAGAGAUCAGUUUGCCAAGCUCAAGGCACAACCGGCCAAAAAGUGCCUUUUUUUGCCCUUUUCUUGUCUUUUUCUUUACAGCCUGUUGCUGGGGCCAGCAGCAGCAGGCAGCUUUUCAGCAGCGUGCACUGACGUUGACAUUAAUCUGUCCUUUCACUGUUGGAAGCAAACAUCAGAUCCGAGCUCAGCUCUCUGCAACUUCAGCUGGGUUAGGAGAGCCAGCACCGAGCAUGGGAAGGAGCUCAAUGGGUGGCACUGUGGUGAACCUUUCCGGAGCGACAUCUCAGGCACAUGCCAGAGUCAGCAUCUUAGAAGCGUUUCCCAUCCUGUGCUGGGACAUUUGAAAUGGGAUGUUUAAAAUCCACUUGGAAUAAAUCAUUUCUUAUGGAUAUCCCCUUGCUUCCUUCCCCCACCCCUCAUGCUCUUGUUGAUGGGGCCGGGGGGGGAGGCACGUAAAUCAUCCCAGGAAGUCAGUAGGCAGCGGUGAUGGCGACAGAAGAAGCUGGUAACAUUCCUGCAGCUUGGCACCAGGAGCUGGUGACGUUCCUGCAGCUUGGCACCACUUCUCACUUCAGGUUCCUGCUAUUUCCUAUGGAAACAAGGUCCUCCUCCCUUACCACAGAGAAGCACGGAUGAGAGAACUGCCUCAGGAUGGCUCCAUCACCACUGGAUACUUGAAACCAAUACAAACUUUUUCAUGGUUCUGCUCAUGCUUGUACAAAGUCAGUGUGGUUUGGGUUGGGUUUUUUCCCUUUGGUUUAUUUGAUUCUUGGUCGGUUUGGUUUGGUUUGGUUUGGUUGGUUUGUUUGUUUCCAGCUGCUGUCAUUUGAACCUGCUGAAGAUUAUUUUUGUUUUUGGAAACUAGAGUUCAACAACAGCCACCAACAGACAACAAAAGAAUUCGUUUUUGUGUAAAUUGUGAUGCAUUUCUAUGUUGUAAUUUUUACUGCCAAUCUUUUUUGGAUGAUAAAAGACAAAAAAAGCAAAGAAACCCUGUUUUUAUACAGCUUACAAAAGGUUCCGUGAGGAGCAGCCACAGCCUGCCUGUGAGCCUUGGGGAGGUACUGUGACGAAUAAGGGAGACAUUUGGCACUGGAAAAUAGGCAGUCCUGGGAUUCCUGGUCAGUGGAAUAAAGUUACUCCUUUCACAGAAA